GCCGACGGGCACCGGGACGGGCACCGGGACGGGGCGGCUGGCUUUGCCUCCGCCUGCUUUGUCGCAGUCGCCUCGCCAGUUCACGCCGAGUCGUCCUAGAAGCAAGUCCAUCAUGAAGCUGGAGCUGCUACUCGCCGUCGUCUUCCUCUCCGGGUGGUCGCUGUGCAUCCCGCAGAGGCGCGUCUCCCACUACGGCCACCAGGCGCUGCUCCGGCAGGCGCCCAAGGGCGAGCUGCCCGUCGACAAGUUCAACUUCAUCGACAUCGAGCUGCUGCAGCUGACCGCCGAGUCCGAGGCGGGCAAUGUGGUGCUGUCCCCCGCCAGCGUCAAGACGACGCUCUCCAUGCUGUGGGAGGGCGCCGAGGGUCGCACGGCGCAGGAGAUCGGCUCCGCGCUGCGUCUCCACGGCCGCAGCCGCGACAAGCAGGAGCAGCAGCUGCACCAGUACCAGCAGAACCUGACCGUGCCGGCGGCGCAGGGCGAGCAGCCCUCCUCCACCCUCAACGUGGCCAGCCAGGUCUUCUACAACAACCACGUGACCAUCAACCCGGCCUACAGCGACGCCCUGGCCAACUACGGCGCGCGGACGCAGGCCGUCAACAUGAGCGACCCCGCGCUCGCCGCCGCCACCAUCAACAAGUGGGUCAGCACGGCCACGCACGGCCACCUGCCCUCCCUCGUCGAGCCUGACAGCCUGUCGGACAACCCCGUGAUGAUGCUGGCCAACGCCGUGUUCUUCCAAGGCACCUGGCAGGUGGCGUUCGACCCGCUGCUCACGCAGGAGUCGUGCUUCUACGCGUCCGCGUCCGAGCCGUGCCACAAGGUGCAGAUGAUGGAGACCAUGGGCUCGUUCCGCAGCAAGCUCAUCCACGAGCUGGAGGCCACGCUCCUCGAAAUGCCGUACAAUGACGGCCGCUUCUCCAUGUUGAUCCUGCUGCCCGAACGGAGGGACGGCAUGCAGGAGCUGAUGAGGAACAUCGUGUUCGCCAACCUGCUGCACGUGCUCAACAGCGACCUGGAGGACUCGGAGUACGUCGUCUCCAUCCCCAAGUUCUCGAUCGAGUACAGCACGGACCUGGUGCCCGUCCUGAACAAGCUCCGAGUGGUGGACGUGUUCUCCCCGGCGGCCAACUUGUCCAGGAUGCUGAAGCAGGACGCCACGACGCGAGUCGAGCCCGCCGUCAGCAACGUGUUCCACAAGUCCAAGAUCGUGGUCAACGAGGAGGGGGCCAUCGCGUCGGGAGCCACAGGCGCCCUGGUCGUGCCCCUGAUGGGCGGCCCCCAGCCCAAGUUCCGCGCCGACCACCCCUUCCUGUUCUUCAUUCGCGACGUCAAGACGGGCGGCUUCCUCUUCGCCGGCCGCGUGUCGCGCCCCGAGGCCGCCGACGUCGCGCAGCCCGAGAUGCCCGCCGUGCUGCUCAGCGAGAUGAAGGAGUCGGCCACGGCGGGGCCCUCGUCGGCCACCUCCAAGCGGUCCAACGCCGCGGCCGCGCAGCAGAACGUCAAGGACGACAUCAACUUCCCCACCAACGGCAGCAGGGACUGAGGCCUGACUGCCCCCUUUCCUUUCCUCCCCUCUCUGCGUCUGGACGGUCUGGGCGGUCUAGACGGUCUGGACGUGCGACACCUGACGACUCGAGACGUACUAUGAGAUAGGAUUUUGUUUUAGACCCUCGACGAGCGGCGAAGCGGCGACGCGGCGAACAGAUGACGUGACUGGUGUAGUUAUUUAUUCUGCGGUGCCGCACAAGUUUCCCCCAGUGUUUAGUCGUUAAAAUAGUUUGAAGCGAAAAUUGAAAUCAAACCGUGGCGACGGCAGUGCCACUUCGAGCCAUAUUUUUUGCACGUUUACGUUGUUGUUACAUUUCUUUCCUCCGAGGAGACUGUUAUUUUAUUUAGACAUAUAGUUUUUGUAUUAGUGUUGAGACUUGUGCGUAGUUUUAAGCUAAUAAUAUUUAUGUAUGCUGUGAUUUCUUUACGGUGGUUUAUUUUUUAUGCGAUUUGUAUACCUUGAUCAUAGUGUUGGCUACUAGUGCCACCAACUGAUUGUGGAAGAAGCUCACCCACGUUCAUGCGAAUGAGAUGGGCACCCAAGUCAAAGUUUUAAUGGGCGUUCCCUCGGACGUUCCCACCGCUCAAGACACGAACUGUGCUCCAGUCAAAAUCGGGGAACACGACCACUUUCAAGAAAACACCUGCCGUUUGUAUCGUAGAAUCCGCAAGGACAAAGAUUUAUUUAUCCGGGAAUUUUCCCCACCGAUCUCAUAAAAGAAACAGCGGUUCGGGCGAAAUGCAGUCCCGCCGAGACUCUUUCCUCCAGCUUACUCCUACAAGCCAACGACGAAAGAGGUCAGUUCGAGGUAUCCAUGUUGCAGUAAUUAAUAAAAAUUGAAAACUUAAA